AUGCCGUCGCUCCUGUUCUGCGGGCCGAAGAUGGCCGCGUGCGGGAUCGUGAUCAGCAUCUGGGGGGUCAUAAUGCUGGUAAGACACACAGAGCUGUGGAUCAGGGUGCAGGCUAUUUCCUGGAAUAAUAUUGAUAGUUAGAGAGUCGAUAUGGUGGCGUAGUGUAUAUUUGAAUAAUCUUAUUGCUUUAUUUGUAUUUAUUAAUUCUGGUGAACGUUAACGCACUGAGAAUAUGUCGACAAUCAACCGUUGACAUCUAUUCCAGUAAAUAGACGGUGAUCAGGCAGGCCAAACACAGCCUCUUGUAGAUGAGGUCAAAGCUCUAAUAAUCAAUACUGAACCGGUUUGAUCAAUAAAGCCGUUUUACAUCUGUUCCUUUUGAGCCAAGGCUGAGGAUCCGUCUAAAACCUGUUUGUUUUAAGUCAAGUAAACGCUGAUAGAGUGAAAACUGACAUCCUCGGUGUGAAGCAACGUUAGAUUUAGUUUCCUGUAGCUGUUAGUAUUAAACCCUUUUUAACCCAGAAUCAGAUAUUUAAGAAGCAAAUAUCACAACAUGUGGAAACAGUCAAUUCAGGAACUCAAAAGUGAAUCAUGUCAUGGGAUUUUACUGUCCUCGUGUGAUGGUUAAAAAGAGGAAAUGUCAGAAAUUCCACCAACAGUCCGAAAAAUAAACCUUUUAAUUACAACAGAGAAAAGUAUUUAGAUUUAAGAAUAUCAUGGCACUUAAACUUCUUAAAAUAUCUAACACUAAUGGUUUUGUAUUUUUUAAUUCAAGUGGAUACUUGAGGUGAUAGAAAUUUUACUAACGUAGUAGUCCUGCAACUCCUUCAGUGUCCACUAGAGGCUUCCUCUUAAAUGAGUCAGUCCCAUAGACUGUUUAUAGAAUGGACGCCAUCUGCUUCCUCGUUGGGUGAAGCCACUCCGAGAACAGCACCCUCUGGUGACGGGCUGCAGUAUAGAUCAUAAAUCCCACCUCCUUAUGGAGCUGUGGACAAACUUAAGAAAUUUAUUACACAGAAUUUUUCUCACCCCUGUUCACGAUGUUGACAUGUAGUUACUGUAAGACCGGUUUGUGCUUAAAUCCUCCUUUUUCUGUGCAGCUCCAUUUUUAAAAGUUAUUAGGGGGUUCAUGUUUUCUAUAAAUGACACUUGAUACAGCCUAUAGGCAUACGGAGAUUGCAUAGUUCACCCAGAGUAAGGCUGCACGAUAUUGGAAAAUACAAACAUUGCGAUAUUAAAAGAUUAAGGAAUUUUCACCAGAUGACCUGAGUAGCACUUAAUGCUGAAAUCUUGAGGACAGUUAACCUCCACUGAUCUUACCUCUUUUUGUGAAUGUUAGUAGAAUGGCUUCUGUCUGUCUUAGAGAUAUUUUUAGCUUUUUUUUUGUGCUGGGAUGUUAUUAUAGCAACGGAUGAACAGCACUGCCGACACAGAACAUGUGUUUUGGUCGACAUCAUCCUUCUUGUAACCGAAAUAAUUCCAGAUAAAUGACGUUGCUUUUCUUUUUGCCACCAAGUCUUCAUUUUCGGCAUUUUUUCUUGUUCAUUGCUCAUUUUGCAAUCGUUGUUGUUGUUACCGAUGUUGUGCCGAGAAACACGUCCUCCGAGAAUUGCAUGCACCUCGCAAAACACGCACUGCUUUUAAUAGAGUGGUCCAGUUUAAAACCCAGACAGUUCGUAUUUGUGGUGCUUAACAGUGAUGAGUAAUGUUCCCAAAGCAAUUCUCGGCAGGUAUGCGUUUCUCAGCACAACACCGACAGCGACUCACUCAAUGUGCAGGGGCGUGGUUUCCUCCUCUCUGAUUUUGAUUGAUGGCUGGCAGGGUAGUCUGAUUGACAACUGAGUAAAGAACGAGUGUGAUUGGUGGGUCGCUGCACAGCACAUUCAGAGUCACAUGCAGUGUGUCUCAGUCAGCUACCCUUGAAAUUAGAUGAGUUCAUAGACCUCUGACAUCCCAGGUACUGCAAUGUGACUAUCGCGCACACGUACAUCGUGAUGACGAUGCUCAAACGAUAUAUUGUGCAGGCCUAACCCAGAGGAUAGGCUGUUUUAGUCGAGCAUCAUCACAGUGACUCUCGGCAACUCUCCUGUAGAAUAUGUACAAUGAAAUUAAGUGUAAUUGACAAAUUAUUGAUCGUUCAGCCUCCCCUGUCCUCCUCUGUGUCCCUGAGCCUCAUGUUAACCCUUUUUUUUUUUUUUGCAGGCGAUGCUGGGGAUCUUCUUCAGCGCCAAGUCUGCAGUAUUGAUUGAGGACGUCCCAUUCACUGAAGAGGACAUUCGUGGAGAGUGAGUCAUUGUGAACCCAUUAAUAAUGAGUUUGAUUUCUCUUUGACGCUUCUUUUGAAAAUCUGUGUUUUCAUUGUUUUGGUCAUUUUUUAAUCCAGUAAAUGGACUGAUGCAUUUGUUUUCUUAUUUAUAUCAUGUACUCUGUCACUGUAGUGACUUAGCUUUAAAGUUUUAAAUAUAUUUUCAAAAAAUCUAAAACUAUCAGCACCACUGUAAAAAUGUUCAGAGCUCUCAGAGGGAUGUAAAGGAAAGAGACGUUACGAUAAAUCCUGAGAAACAUUUGCACGACCUCUGAGAUGUUUAUUUAUUAGUUACUCAGUAAGUGAGCGAUGGAUGAAACCUGAUGAAGAAUUCAGACAUAAGUAAAAAUGUGGCGUAAAAUGAUCUGAUUUCAGCCUUUUCCUCUCAGUUUUUACUCGUCUCUUCUUCUUCCUCUCUGCAGUAAAAAUCCUCCUCAGAACAUCUACAGUCUGUACAACCAGGUCGGCAUCAACUGCUUCAUCGCCGCCGCCGUCUACGUGGCGGUGGGCGCUGUGUCCCUCUGCCAGGUGCGACUCAACAAACGGCAGGAGUACAUGGUCACAUAG